GUUUGAAAACACGCAUACGUACUUUUCGGCAUUAAGUGAGGCAGCAACUUACAAACAAUAAUUAACUACCAAACAACUCAGUUUUUUUAGUAAUGUUUCACUAGAAAAUUAAAAAUGCCUAUUUCUUUAUCGCACUUAGUUUUAUUAAUUUUAAUACUUUAUCUUAUAAAUAAGAUAUAUGCAUUAUACAUUUAUGUCAAAAACUACAUAAUUGUGCAAAAGUUACCAGGACCUCCUAGGGGUGGCAUCAUAAUGGGGAAUAUAGCAGGCUUUGGAAACACUGCAGAAGCGGCAUUUGAAAACACCCUUAAAAUAUCAAAAGAAUUUUAUCCAAUUUUCUCGGUACAUGCAGUACAUCUAACUUCAGUCUUCGUUCUCUCGCCAGACGAUUGCGAGUUGAUACUCUCUAAUCCCAUUCACAACGAAAAAGGAUUUAUGUACAAACUAAUUCACAAAUGGUUAAGAUUUGGACUUUUAACCAGCUUUGGAACGAAAUGGCAAACUAGAAGGAAAAUUCUAACGCCAGCUUUCCACUUCAGUAUUCUUCAGCAGUUUGUUUCGGUUUUCAACGAACAAGCAGAACAGCUCAUAGAAAUACUGAGUGCAGAAUGUAACAAAUCCUACAUCAAAGUGAAUUCUGUUUUAACACAAUUCACCUUAAAAACAAUAUCUGAAACAGCAAUGGGUACCAAACUCGAGUUUAAAAAUAAAAAAGAUCAAGCUUAUAAAAAAGCUAUUUAUGAUAUCGGAGAAAUACUUGCUUAUAGAUUCAUUCAUCCAUGGUGUAUGGCAGAGAUUGGUAAUCUUUUAUUCAAUUCAUCAUUCUUUAAAGAACGUAAGGCUGUAAACAUUUUGCACCAAUUUACUAGAGAGGUGAUUGAGGAGAAAGAGAAAAACUUCGUCGAUACUGAUUUACCGAAAGAAGAACAUGACGUGUACAAGGGAAAAAGAAAAUUAGCUAUGUUAGACCUUCUACUGUCGGCCAAAAAAAAUGGACGAAUAAUUGAUAACGAGGGUAUCAGAGAAGAAGUUGACACUUUUAUGUUUGAAGGGCAUGAUACGAUAACUACGGCUCUAAGUUUCAUGUUGAUGCUACUAGCCAAUAAUAAAGAUGUGCAAGAACGCAUCUACUCCGAAUUGGUUGAAAUAUUUGGAGAAAACUUUAAUGAAAACCCGACUUACAACGAACUGCAAAAUUUGAAAUAUUUGGAACGUUGCAUUAAAGAGAGUCUUCGGUUGUAUCCUAGCGUCUUUUUCAUGGCUAGAAAUUUAGGAGAAGAUUUAAAAACGGCGAGUGGAUAUUUACUUCCCAAGGGCACCCAAGUAGUCAUGUACAUCUAUCCGAUGCAUCGAAAUCCCGAUCUUUACCCUGAUCCUGACAAAUUCGAUCCUGACAGAUUCCUGCCAGAGAAUUGUCAACACAGACAUCCUUACGCAUAUAUUCCGUUCAGUGCGGGAUCACGAAACUGCAUAGGACAAAAAUUUGCCAUUUUGGAGAUGAAGGUUGUUCUGUGCGCCAUUUUGAGAAAAUUUUUCUUAGAACCAGUUGAUACUCCACAAUCUAUUGUCCUUAUUAUAGACAUUAUUCUAAGAACUAAGGAUGAAAUUAAAGUAAAAUUUGUUCCACGGGAUUAAUAACCCAGUCGAUUUUGUACUUUAGUUAUAGAAACCUUUAAAUCGCAAAAUAAAUACUUAUACAUACGUAAAACUGUUCUCUUGUAGACUUAUUUAUAAUAUUCGGCAGGUACUGAACAGAAUGGGAAAC